GUCUGUAUCUUGUGACACUCCAAAGCUACUAAACAAAGCCAAAUGCCAUUCCCUCUCUCUCUGAACCCGUGAAGUGCUGACCCGACCCGACCGACCCCUGAUGGACGACAUCUCCCGACGACGGAAGCUCACCUCUCGCCAACGACGAUCAUGGUGCUGCUCCUUCACCGUCCCGCCUUCCAGCCCCGACUCCCUCGCAAACCCUAAGCUCUCCUCCAAGCCCCUCCACAAGCUCGACGCCUCCGUCCCCAGCUCCCCCGGCAGCGCCAAAUCCGGCCUCAGCUUAGUCGGCCGGAUCGACCCCCGUCGGAUCCUCUCCCCGGGUCGGGUCUCCCCUAUCGACUCCAGCCCGAUCCAGCUACUCGGCCCCGCCCCGUCGCCUCCGCCGCCCGCCGUCGCUAGAUCCGAGAGCUUGCCCCGGGUCCGACCCGAGAGCAGCGGUGUGUUCGAUGUGAGGUUGAAUUUGAGAGGGAAGAGGGGUGGGGGUUUGGUUCUGGAGCUCAGCUCGGAAGUUCUGAGCUCGAAUUCGGAGCUCUUCGCCGGGUUGAUCAGUGAGUAUAGGAAGAGUGGUGCCGGGUCUUCUUCGGGUUCGAAAAUGUGUCGGAUUGAGGUGCCGGAGGUGGAGAAUUUGGGUGUGUUUCGAGAAGCCAUUGAGCUCAUGUUUGAGGAGGAUGACAUCACCAAGCGUCUGUUCAAGAUUGGAGUCUUUAGAGUUAUUGAUGUGCUUGAGGUAUCUGCUGGCAUCAUGUUCACUAAGGGUGUCUUGUCCUGUUUAAAAUAUCUUGAGGCUGUUCCUUGGACUGAGGAAGAAGAGGAGAAACUUAGGAACCUGUUUACAAGGUUUAAGUUUGAUGAGGCAACAACUAGAGACAUCUUGGCUAGACUUUACUUGCUUGACUCUGUGGAUUCUCAACAAAACUUGUCCAGACAACUUGUUUCGUCUAUCACCACUUGUACAGAUGUAAAUGCAAGGCAUGAGCUGAAGUUGUUAGUCAGGGGUCUCCUGUGCAGAAGUUCAGUGUAUGAGAAGGACCAUCAUGACCUAAACAAGGAAGAUAUCUAUGGUGUAUGUCGAUCAUGUCUGUCUUCACUAGUUAGUCUCUUUGAGGAAGCCACUGGCAACAUUUCCCAUCAGAAAACAGGGAAGGAGACAGGUAAGCCUAUGAUAGAACGUGUCUCAAGGCAGGUUGAUAAUAUAAACUGGCUGCUAGACAUCCUGCUUGAUCGGCAAAUGGCUGAAGAUUUUGUGGAUAUAUGGGCUGAGCAGGGAGAACUUCUUAAAAUGCAUGCCGAUACUUCUCCUAUGGUCAGGUAUGAGCUGAGCCGAGUUUCCGCAAUUUUGUUUGUUGCAAUGGGCACCCGAAAACUGCAAUGCCGGUCAGAGUCGAGAUCAGGGCUUCUUCAGGCAUGGUUUGGUCCAAUGCUUUUGGAUUUCGGUUGGCUGCAGAGAUGUCGGAAGGGGCUAGACAUAAAGAGUUUGGAGGAAGCUCUGGGCCAGACACUCCUUACGCUACCAUUGAAGCAGCAGUAUAUGCUUUUUAUGGAAUGGUUUCGAUAUUUCUCAAAGCACAGCACUGACUGCCCUAACCUCAGCAAAGCCUUCCAGAUAUGGUGGCGUAGAUCAUUUCUAAGAGGCUCCGAAACAUCUGCUAUUGAAUCCAGAUGACUGGUAGAAAGUGUCAGUUUCCACUCUUGUAUUGCAGUAGUGUAGGUGAAGAGAUUCUGAAACAUCUGGAAAUGAAUAAUGUAGAUUGACUCUCUAGAUUUGUUGUAUCAAGAUGUUAGAGCAUAGAAUGGCAUCUUAAUAUCGG